UUUCUCGUUAGAGAGUUUCAUAACACCACUUAUUUACACUGGUGCAAUGGUCUAAACUCGGUCACGUAGGGUAAUUACCGGCCAAGAAUGCAGUAUGAUUGAUGAAUGUAUUCGAUGGAUGCUUAUUAACGUUUCUGACGGGCCAUACAACACCUGCUGAUGAUAUAUUUUCUGCAGGUGCACGGAUAUACAAUGGAGUCAUGGCGGGCAGUCGCUCAGAGCAAAAACUAUGUAGAAAGCCAUAGAGAUAUGAAGGGUAGUGACGUUCCCUUCAACAUCUCGCUGCCACUGCUCGGGAUCGGACUGCUCUCCCUUCUCCUCAGCCUUACAUUUUGCUGUUAUAUGUGGAGAUUGCGAUGUAAAGCUCGACAAGAACAAGGUUACAGGAGAAUCAAAUUCAAGACAACGAAGAAGAGAAAACUUCCCAAUGAUACCUGUCCAGUGUGCAUUGAGGAGUUUGAACAGUCGGAGUAUGUGGCCAUCUGUCCCUGUAACCACUGCUUUCAUAUGAAGUGUCUGUUGGAGUGGUUACGAUACCAGAAUGCCUGUCCAAUGUGCAAGGCACCUGUCCAAGCCUUGCCUUCUCCAGGGGAGAGAACUGGCCUCAUUCCACUUGACCGGAGGACACAGGAUGCAGAGAGGGCUGGACCAUCCUCUGCCGAGGCAGUGUAGUACAGCUGUAAAUAAAUUUUACAACUUAUACUGUGAUACUAAGAUAAAUGCACUAGACAAGAUGGAUGGUACAGUCUUCUUCCCACGUGUUGGAGGUGCCCGGAUCGGCCAUUGUGAUAGUUUUGAACCAGAAGGAUGUUCUGUAAUAUUGGAAACAGUCGAGAACUGUAGUUCUCAGUAUUUUGAUGUGAUGACGUGAAUUAAGGAGCAAUAAAUGGUCGCCAUUUCAGAAAACAAUUGUAAUUAAUUACGUACUUGGCAAUGGCGAUCAAGCUAUUAAGGCAAGACUCCAUCUUAAUCAAAAGGGCAUCUCUGAGCUGGUGUGAUCAAGUAAAUGUGAUAUCUUUGGAGUCUUUCAAUGACUCACAAUAAGUUUGUUAUAUCCCUUUAAUGUUCUAUUUUGUGUGCCAUAAAGAUUGGUGACAAAAAUUGACUGCAAUAGCCCCUGUGAUUCUAACAGGGUCUGCAUCCCCUUGUGGUUGUGUUCAAAGAUGAUAGUUGUGGAAUUCUGAGAUUUGAAUGACAGUACAUUUGUAUUGUUCCACACUGAUAUAGAUGUUAAUAUUCAAUGGAAAGCCGCUAUGCAAAACAUCAUAUUUCAUUAUCAUGUGAUUAAGUUUAAUGAUUUCUUUAAUUUCAAACUGUACCAGUCAGGACCCAAUUACCAGAUCUCAAUCUAAAAAGCGGGACUCUUUUUCUUAUAUCCAGCGCUAACUAGUGUUUAGGUACUCACCACGCUAAUUAGAGUAUACAUGGUGCUAACUAGUGUUUAGGUACUCACCACACUAUUUAGACUAUACACAGUGCUAACUAGUGUUUAGGUACUCACCACACUAUUUAGACUAUACACAUCACUAACUAGUGUUUAGGUACUCACCACACUAUUUAGACUAUACACAGUGCUAACUAGUGUUUAGGUACUCACCACACUAAUUAGACUAUACACAGUGUUAACUAGUGUUUAGGUACUCGCCACACUAUUUAGACUAUACACAUCACUAACUAGUGUUUAGGUACUCACCACACUAUUUAGACUAUACACAGUGUUAACUAGUGUUUAGGUACUCACCACACUAUUUAGACUAUACACAGUGUUAACUAGUGUUUAGGUACUCACCACACUAUUUAGACUAUACACAUCACUAACUAGUGUUUAGGUACUCACCACACUAUUUAGACUAUACACAGUGUUAACUAGUGUUUAGGUACUCACCACACUAUUUAGACUAUACACAUCACUAACUAGUGUUUAGGUACUCACCACACUAUUUAGACUAUACACAUCACUAACUAGUGUUUAGGUACUCACCACACUAUUUAGACUAUACACAUCACUAACUAGUGUUUAGGUACUCACCACACUAAUUAGACUAUACACAUCACUAACUAGUGUUUAGGUACUCACCACACUAUUUAGACUAUACACAUCACUAACUAGUGUUUAGGUACUCACCACACUAUUUAGACUAUACACAUCACUAACUAGUGUUUAGGUACUCACCACACUAUUUAGACUAUACACAUCACUAACUAGUGUUUAGGUACUCACCACACUAUUUAGACUAUACACAUCACUAACUAGUGUUUAGGUACUCACCACACUAUUUAGACUAUACACAUCACUAACUAGUGUUUAGGUACUCACCACACUAAUUAGACUAUACACAUCACUAACUAGUGUUUAGGUACUCACCACAAUAUUUAGACUAUACACAGUGUUAACUAGUGUUUAGGUACUCACCACACUAAUUAGACUAUACACAUCACUAACUAGUGUUUAGGUACUCACCACACUAAUUAGACUAUACACAGUGCUAACUAGUGUUUAGGUACUCACCACACUAAUUAGACUAUACACAGUGCUAACUACAUUAGGGGGGGUAUGUUUU